AUGUCCGACAAGAUCAACCGCAACCCCCAUCCCGACUUCAAGAGCGUGGAAUCUUCACGAGCCGAGUGGGAGGUCAACACAUCCUUCCACUACACCAAGACACCGCAGCCAGACUGGUCGUACGGCGCCGGCGCGAACCAGCUGCUCACCGAGGAGGAUAAGCAAAAGAAGCACAUUGCCAUUGAUCCCCAAGCGGAGGACCGCCCGGGUCCCUUCAACUACAAGCUGCUCAUCUCUGCCAUUGUGCCUCGGCCCAUUGCGUUUGUCAGCACGAGGAGCAAAGACGGCAAGACGACAAAUCUGGCCCCCUUUAGCUACUUCAACUUUGUCAACCAUGACCCCCCGCUCUUCGUCGUCGGCUUCGCCUCGGGCAUCGGCAAUGCCAAGGACACGCUCAAGAACAUCCUCGAGACAGAGGAGUGCGUCGUCAACAUCAUCUCCGAGCCCUUUGUCGAGGCUGCCAACGCCACCAGCAUCAACGCGCCCUACGGUGCUUCCGAGUGGGACGUGAGUGGCCUGACACCCGUGUACGACUGCGAGAAUGUCAAGUGUGCACGUGUCAAGGAGGCUGUGUUCAGCAUUGAGGCCAAGUUGGACUUUGUGAAGGAGUAUGACAGCCGCAAGACGGAGGGCAAGAAGAGCGGCACGGUAGGCAUCUUCGAGGGCACCAGGUUCUGGGUGCGGGAAGACGCCAUCAACGAGGAGAGGAACCUCAUUGACCCAGAUGUACUACGUCCCAUCAGUCGCCUCGGGGGUAUCACGUAUGGCCGUACGACGCAGGCUUUUGAGCUUCCUCGGCCGGAUUGGGAGAAGAACCUCGGCGGCCAAGAAGGCUACGACAAGCUCAAGAAGACGGAAAGCAAGUAA